AUGGAGCAAGAGAAAAGCUUGGAUCCACAACUAUGGCAUGCUUGUGCAGGAUCAAUGGUUCAAAUCCCUUCAGUCAAUUCAACGGUCUUCUACUUCGCUCAAGGCCAUAUCGAACACGCUCACGCGCCUCACGAUUUCCACGCGCCGCACGUCCCGCCUUUGAUCCUCUGCCGCGUCGUCGCCGUCAAGUUCCUAGCCGACGCAGAGACGGACGAAGUCUUCGCCAAAAUCACGCUUCUGCCACUACCGGGAAACGACUUGGAUCUCGAAAACGACGCCGUUCUGGGUCUAACUCCGUCUCCUGACGGUAAUAACGGUAGCGGUAACGACAAACCGGCGUCUUUCGCCAAAACGCUGACGCAGUCAGACGCUAACAACGGCGGCGGUUUCUCCGUUCCGCGUUACUGCGCCGAGACGAUUUUCCCGCGGCUUGAUUACACGGCUGAGCCUCCGGUGCAGACCGUGAUCGCCAAAGACAUCCACGGCGAGACUUGGAAAUUCCGGCAUAUCUACAGAGGAACGCCUCGCCGUCAUCUUCUCACCACCGGCUGGAGCACUUUCGUCAACCAGAAGAAACUAAUCGCCGGCGACUCAAUCGUCUUCCUCCGCUCAGAAUCCGGCGACCUCUGCGUCGGAAUUCGCCGCGCCAAACGCGGCGGUCUCGGAUCUACUGGCUUAGGAUCCGAAACCAACAGCCCUUACCCCGGAUUCUCAGGCUUCCUCCGCGACGACGAAACAACAACAACAACAAAGCUAAUGAUGAUGAAACGCAACGGAAACGAGGCAAACGCCGUUCCUGGAGGGAGAGUCAGAGUGGAAGCAGUAGCGGAAGCGGUGGCGCGUGCGGCGCGUGGACAAGCGUUCGAGGUGGUUUACUACCCACGCGCGAGCACGCCGGAGUUUUGCGUCAAAGCAGCUGACGUGAGAUCAGCCAUGAGGAUAAGGUGGUGCAGCGGUAUGCGUUUUAAAAUGGCGUUUGAAACAGAGGACUCUUCAAGAAUCAGUUGGUUCAUGGGAACAAUCUCCGCCGUUCAAGUCGCCGAUCCAAUCCGUUGGCCUAAUUCCCCAUGGCGUCUCCUCCAGGUAGCUUGGGACGAACCGGAUUUGCUGCAAAACGUGAAACGCGUAAGUCCGUGGUUAGUCGAAUUGGUAUCGAACAUGCCAACGAUCCAUCUUUCACCAUUCUCUCCGAGGAAGAAGAUUCGGAUUCCACAGCCGUUCGAUUUCCCUUUCGACGGCAACAAAUUCCCGAUCUUCACCCCUGGAUUCACCAACAAUGGCGAAUCCAUGUGUUAUCUGUCAUCAAACGACAACAACAACAACAACGCUCCUGCAGGUAUACAGGGAGCCAGGCAAGCUCAACAACUCUUCGGAUCAACGUCUCCGUCUUUGUUGUCUGAUCUCAAACUCAGUAGUUACUCCGGUAACAACAAGUCUUCUUCUCCGGCGAUGUUUCUCUCCGGUUUUAACCAGAGGCAUCGUUACGAUAACAUCAUGUCCCGUACAGUCACAGAGAGUAAUCACAACAACAAUAACAUUUCUUGUUCUUUAACGAUGGGUAAUCCCGGUUUAGUUGGGGACAAGAAGAAGUCCGGUUCGGUUAAGACUCACCAGUUUUUGCUGUUCGGUCAACCGAUUCUAACCGAACAGCAAGUUUUGAAACGGUCUUUGGAAGAAGAGGCGGUGGUGGCCGAGGAGAAAGGUUCGGGUUCCGGUUCGGCGGCGGCUAGUGGGUUAACAUGGAAUUACGGUUUGGAGGGACUCGAGACCGGUCAUUGUAAAGUGUUCAUGGACUCUGAGGAUGUUGGACGAACGCUCGAUCUUUCGGUUAUUGGCUCGUACCAAGAGUUGUACCGGAAAUUAGCCGAGAUGUUUCGUAUUGAAGAGAGGUCGGAUUUGUUGACCCAUGUUGUGUACCGAGACGCAAAUGGUGUUAUCAAACGCAUUGGCGACGAACCUUUCAGUGAUUUUAUGAGAGUGACAAAGCGGCUAACGAUUAAGAUGGAUAUUGGUGGAGACAAUGUGAGAAAGACGUGGAUAACCGGGAUCAGGAAUGGUGAAAACGGUAUAGACGCUUCUACUAACACCGGUCCUCUCAGCAUCUUCGCUUGA